AUGGACAAUACUCCAGCCGAUGGUUUGAAGAAGCGAUUGUUCAUCGAGGGACUAAACCCACCCUUGCGGAAAAAGAUGAAGGUAGUACCUCCGUCUACUUUCAUGGACGCGUACAAUAGAGUCAUGGACAUUGAAAGCGAGAACAAGACAUCGAAGGGUAAGAAGCGCACAAGUGAUGAAGAUAGUAGUGAUGAAGAAAGAGAGGAGGAGUCUCAGAUGAUACAAGCACUCCCGAAGGAUAUGAGGCGGAUGAUGCGGGAAAUGCAGACUCAGGAGGAAGAAAGUAGGGAGGACAAGGAACUCUGGUGCACAGAGUGCAAACUGGAAGGGCACACAAAAACCAAAUGCCCAAAGAAAGUUUUAUGUGAUAUCUGCCAAGUGUUGGGACAUUCCAUCAAGGAAUGCCCCUACAACUUUAAGGCAAUGAGUGCCCAGGUACUAUAUACUCAAGAACAAGCAACACCACCAACUACACCCUCCAAGAACACAAACUCAGACACAUCACCAGGUGGCUAUAGGAAUAGUCAGAGGGGGAGUAACAACAAUACCAGUAAUAAUACCCCACGCGGUCGAAUCCAAUAUGAUGCAAAAGGUAGACCAAUGAUACAAUGUCGAAGGUGCAACGAAUGGGGCCAUUUUGCACGUGACUGCCAGAGUGGUGUUGGACAAGGAGGAGGGCUACUCUGCAAAUGGUGUGGGCUAGGCAAACACGAGGAUGUAGAGUGCCCAAGAUAG